GCCUCACACAUGCAGAGCCAGAUUAAAUACAAGCAGGGUUUGCAGACGGACCUUUCUUCCACUCUGUACUCCGGCCUUCCAGAGACCAUCCAGACCCAGCUGGCCAAGGAGAUCACUGACCUUCAGAGCCAGGUGAAGUAUAAGGAGGGAGGUAAGGCCGAGAGCUCCACGCCUCUCUACCACCACCUCCCAGAGACCAUAGAUACCAGUUCGCCAAGCAGAUGUCAGAGAUCCAGAGCCAGCUGCAGUACAAGAAGGACAAUGACGACCUGUCCUGCACCCUCUACUCUCUGCUCCCAGAGACACUGGAGACCCAGUUUGUUAAGGAGAUGGCUCUCACACACAGUGAGAGUCCACCCGCUAGGAUAUGGAAUACUGUUUCACCUGAGGCAACUCCAUCUAAAUCAUGCUAAUUAUAAAGCAGCAGUGAAGGAACAGAGUGGCUCGUCUCUUUACUCCAAACUCCCAGAGACUUUAGAGACGCAACGCGUGAAGGAGGUCACACAACUCCAGAGUGAGAACCGCUACAAGGAGGAGGGGGAGAAAAGAGGAGGAUUCCCGUACGCUCACCCUGACACCGCAGAGACCCAGGGCAGGAGAGUGACUGAGAUACAGAGGGGGUCUCAGUACAGCCUUCUAGUUCCUACCUCGGUGACCUCUGCCCUGACCUGGCAGCAGCUAGGAACCUCUUCGACCCGAUGGGCUGCAAACCUGGCCUCGCAACCGGUUCACCCCGAGUUGGACCGAGUGUCAGGAUGA